UACAAGGUUUCAGUCGCUGCAGGCAGCGUAUAAGUACCCAUUAAGCUAAAACCCCUCUCUGGUAUGCACUACUCUCUCCCUCUCCCUCUUGACAUUCACAGAAAGCAUUCUUUCUUUCUUUAACAUGAAACUUCUCAAGGUCUGUCCAUUAUUCAAACACUGUAACGUCAAAACUAUAAUUUCUACAGUACAAUCUCACUCCUAUAAGGUUUUCUCUUCAACCCCACGAUCAAACCCCACCCGACAACCUCAGAUUCUCUCCCCAAACGCUCCGACAGAAAACCCAGUUGAUAUAACCCAUGAACAGCUCGUUAACUAAAUCCACUCUUCUCAGUGGCAUUCCAUCAAACACCUUGCGCCAAAACUCACUCCCGCUCUUAUCAGAACAACUCUUUUAAGUCUUCACAAAACCCCUGACUUAGCUCUCCAAUUCAUAACCCAUAUCGAUUUUAGUCGCGUUCUUGAUAUCAAAACCCGUUGCCUAGCUAUAGCUAUAGUCUCCUGGUUACCUUCACCAAAACCAACAUUGCAGCUCUUAAAAGAGACCUUACUUAGUGGCAUUACUUCAACUAACGUGCUCUUUGAUGAGCUGACACUUGCCCGCGAUGAGUUAAGUACUGAGAGUAGUAUUGUUUUCGAUUUGUUGAUAAGCGCUUGUUGUGAAAUGAAGAGAGGUGAUGAUGCUGUUAACUGUUUUAAUAUUAUGAAAGAAAAGGGUUUUGUUCCAAAGACUGAGACUUGUAAUAGUAUGCUAAGUUUGUUUCUGAAGUUGAAUCAAACGGAGUGCGCAUGGGUGCUGUAUGCUGAGAUGUUUAGGAUGAGGAUUAAGUCGAGUGUGUACACGUUUAAUAUAAUGAUAAAUUUGUUGUGUAAGGAAGGAAAGCUAAAGAAGGCGAAGGAGUUUAUAGGGCUUAUGGAGGGUUUAGGAGUUAAGCCUAAUGUUGUUACGUAUAAUACAAUCAUUCAUGGGUAUUGUAUGAGAGGGAGAAUCGAAGGGGCUCAAAUGAUUUUGAAUAAAAUGAAGAGUAAAGGGGCUCAACCGGAUUCUUAUACAUAUGGAUCGUUUAUCAGUAGGUUGUGUAAGGAAGGCAGGCUUGAAGAGGCAGCUGGGAUGUUACAGAAGAUGAAAGAAAACGGGUUGGUUCCAACUGCUGUGACCUAUAACACCUUGAUUGAUGGGCAUUGCAAUAAAGGGAAUUUGGAGACGGCCUUCGGUUACAGGGAUGAGAUGGUGAAGCAGGGUAUAAGGCCGACUGCUUACACUUAUAAUUUGUUGAUUCAUGCUUUAUUUAUGGAAGGCAAGAUGAGCGAAGCUGAUGAUAUGAUAAAAGAAAUGGGGGAAAAGGGGAUUGUUCCUGAUUCUAUAACAUAUAAUAUCUUGAUUAAUGGCUAUUGCAGAUGUGGGAAUGCAAAGAAAGCCUUUAGCCUCCUUGAUGAAAUGGUGACUAGAGGCAUUCAGCCAACUACUGUAACUUAUACAUCACUUAUCUAUGUUUUGAGUAAGCGAAAUAGAAUGAGAGAAGCAGAUCAAUUGUUUGAAAGGAUAGUUGGUAAAGGCAUUUUGCCAGAUGUUGUUAUGUUUAAUGCCUUGAUUGAUGGACAUUGUGCUAAUGGUAACUUUGAGCGUGCAUUUGCACUAUUGAAGGAGAUGGAAAGGAAGAAAGUUCUUCCCGAUGAAGUGACCUACAAUACCCUAAUGCAAGGGCGCUGCAGAGAGGGGAAAGUUGAAGAAGCCCGUGAGCUUCUAGAUCAGAUGAAGAGAAGAGGGAUUACGCCUGAUCACGUUAGUUACAACACCCUUAUUAGUGGUUAUAGUAAGAGAGGUGAUAUGAAGGAUGCUUUUAGGGUUCGGGAUGAGAUGUUGAGUAUCGGUUUCAAUCCCACCCGUCUCACUUACAAUGCCCUUAUACAAGGUUUAUGCAAAAACCAGGAAGGAAAACUUGCUGAAGAGCUCCUCAGAGAAAUGGUUAGUAAUGGAAUCAAUCCUGAUGACAGCACAUACUUCUCUUUGAUUGAGGCAAUAGGGAAUGUUGGUAGUGUUGCAGAAACCAGUGAUUCAUAGCAAUUUGUUAGCCUGCAGCAACUUAACUACUAACAUAAAAUGGAGUGCUUCAGAGGUGCAUUCUUGCUUGUUCACCAGAAAAGGUUCUUAUUUGGGAGACUGUAAUUACUUUGGACUCAGGUCUGCUGCUGUAUACAUCUUGUAUCUUGAUGUCUUGGAUAUGUAAUUGGUGUAUUGAGCAUAAUUUCAAAAACAAGUGAUAUUUCUGA